AAAAUUGUUUUAUUUUCCCGGGAAUCCAAAAGAGGGAAAAAAGGGGGCAGAACUGAAACAAAAUUCCUGUUGCCCAAAACCAGAUCGAUACCCCCCGACAGAUCUCUCCACUGUCCUGGGCUUUUCUCCAGGGAACGAAAAAUUCCCGUCUCGUGUACUUAUCGAGGCAACGGAGUAAUAAGCGAACAUGUCGGGUCUGGUGUUGAAGUUCGAGUUGUAAUUUUUGUGUUGUUGUUGUUGCUCAAAAGGUGAAAUGAAGGCGGGGAGCGCGGCGAAGCUGAUCGUCGAUUCGCUGCUGCAGCGGUUCCUCCCUCUCGCCCGGCGUCGAAUCGAAACCGCUCAAGCCCAGGAUGGACAGUACCUUCGACCAUCUGAUCCUGCCUAUGAACAAGUAUUGGAUUCUUUAGCUAUGGUGGCACGACAUACACCUGUACCUCUUUUGGAAGCUCUUCUCAGAUGGAGAGAAAGUGAAUCUCCAAAGGGUGCAAAUGAUGCAUCUACAUUCCAGAGAAAGCUUGCAGUGGAGUGCAUUUUUUGCUCAGCAUGUAUUCGCUUUGUGGAGUGCUGCCCACAAGAAGGACUAACAGAGAAGCUGUGGGCUGGGCUUGAAAAUUUUGUAUUUGACUGGCUAAUCAACGCUGACAGGGUUGUCAGCCAGGUUGAAUAUCCUUCCUUGGUUGAUCUGCGGGGUCUACUUCUAGACCUAGUUGCACAACUCCUAGGUGCUUUGUCUCGAAUCAGGUUUAGUCCUGUGACUGAGCGCUUUUUCAUGGAACUCAAUACUCGUCGGAUUGAUACUAAUGUUGCCCGAAGUGAAACGCUUAGUAUCAUUAAUGGGAUGCGCUACCUGAAGCUUGGGGUUAAGACUGAGGGUGGACUGAAUGCUUCGGCCUCCUUUGUGGCAAAAGCUAAUCCUCUUAAUCGUGCUCCCCACAAAAGAAAAAGUGAACUCCAUCAUGCCCUAUGCAAUAUGCUUUCAAACAUUCUAGCACCACUUGCAGAUGGUGGAAAGGGCCAAUGGCCUCCUUCUGGAGUAGAACCUGCACUUACGUUCUGGUAUGAAGCCCUUGCACGGAUAAGAGGGCAGCUCAUGCAUUGGAUGGACAAGCAGAGCAAACAUAUAGCUGUCGGUUAUCCUCUGGUGACUCUUCUUCUCUGUCUUGGUGAUCCUAAUGUUUUCCUCAAUAACUUUGGCCCCCACAUGGAGCAACUCUACAAGCAUCUCAGAGACAAGAACCACCGUUUUAUGGCCUUGGACUGUCUACAUAGGGUUUUGAGGUUUUACUUGACUGUUCAUGGGGAUUCCCAGCCGCCAAAUCGCGUGUGGGACUACCUAGACAGUGUGACCUCACAACUCCUAACUAUUCUGAGGAAGGGAAUACUUACCCAGGAUGUUCAGCAUGAUAAAAUCGUUGAGUUUUGUGUGACUAUAGCAGAGCAUAAUCUUGAUUUUGCCAUGAACCACAUGAUAUUGGAAUUGCUGAAGCAAGACAGUCCAAGUGAAGCAAAGGUUAUUGGUCUUCGUGCCUUACUUGCUAUUGUUAUGUCUCCUUCGAGCCAGCAUGUUGGUCUAGAAAUUCUCCAUGGUCAUGAUAUUGGCCACUACAUUCCGAAAGUAAAGGCUGCAAUUGAGGCGAUUCUAAGGUCUUGUAACAGGAUCUAUAGUCAAGCUCUUCUUACUUCUUCAAGGACCACAAUAGAUGCUGUAACAAAAGAAAAGUCACAAGGAUAUCUUUUCCGGUCAGUGCUGAAGUGCAUACCCUAUCUGAUUGAAGAAGUUGGCCGAACUGAUAAAAUCACUGAAAUAAUACCUCAACAUGGCAUAAGUAUUGAUCCUGGUGUUCGUGAGGAAGCAGUACAGGUACUGAAUCGGAUAGUCAGAUACCUUCCGCAUCGCCGUUUUGCAGUUAUGAGAGGAAUGGCCAACUUCAUCCUACGGCUUCCUGAUGAGUUCCCUCUUCUCAUUCAAACAUCAUUGGGACGCCUGUUAGAACUCAUGCGUUUUUGGAGAGCUUGUCUAUCCGAUGAUAUGAUAGAGUAUGAAGCCCAAGAGGCAAAGCGCGUGCGGAGGAGUGAUGGAUUCAAGAAGUCUUCUGUUCAUCACUCCGCAGAAGCAAUUGACUUUCGUGCUUCAGAGAUAGAUGCAGUUGGUCUUAUAUUUCUGAGUUCUGUGGAUAGUCAAAUUAGGCAUACAGCAUUGGAGUUGCUUCGCUGUGUUCGUGCUUUAAGGAAUGAUAUAAGAGAGAUUUCUAUGCAUGAGCGGCCGGACCGUAUGUUGAGAAAUGAAGCUGAACCCAUUUUUAUAAUUGAUGUUUUAGAAGAGAAUGGGGAUGACAUCGUUCAGAGCUGCUAUUGGGAUUCUGGUCGUCCAUUUGAUUUGAGGCGAGAAUUUGAGGCAGUACCACCAGAUGUGACACUUCAGUCCAUUUUAUUUGAAAGCCCUGAUAAGAAUAGAUGGGCUCGAUGUCUCAGUGAACUAGCCAAAUAUGCUGCUGACCUUUGCCCAAGCUCUGUUCAGGAAGCAAAGUUAGAGGUCAUUCAGCGUCUUGCUCAUAUCACACCUGUUGAGUUAGGCGGCAAGGCCCAUCAGUCACAAGAUGCGGAUUAUAAGCUAGACCAGUGGCUUAUGUAUGCAAUUUUUGCAUGCUCAUGUCCACCAGAUAGUAGGGAAACUGGUGGAUUAUCGGCAACCAAAGAUCUUUUCCAUCUCAUUUUUCCCUCACUGAAAUCUGGAUCUGAAGCCCAGUUACAUGCAGCCACCAUGGCUCUUGGCCACUCACAUCUUGAGGUAUGCGAAAUCAUGUUCAGAGAGCUUGCAACUUUCAUUGACGAGGUUUCUCUGGAAACUGACGGAAAACCAAAGUGGAAGAGUCAAAAGGCUCGUCGUGAAGAACUCCGGAUCCACAUUGCUAAUAUAUACCGCACUGUUGCUGAGAAAAUCUGGCCUGGGAUGCUAGGGCGCAAGCCAGUUUUUCGCCUUCAUUGUUUAAAGUUCAUUGAAGAAACAACUAGACAAAUCAUAGCUGCACAGGCUGAGAGCUUUCAAGAAAUGCAACCCCUUCGUUAUGCUCUUGCUUCUGUUCUAAGAUCAUUAGCCCCUGAAUUUGUUGAUUCGAAAUCGGAAAAAUUCGAUCUAAGAACAAGAAAACGACUGUUUGAUAUUCUUCUGUCCUGGUCUGAUGACACUGGUGGUACAUGGAGUCAGGAUGGCAUCAGCGAUUACCGACGUGAAGUUGAACGGUACAAAUCCACUCAGCAUGCUCGGUCAAAAGAUUCUAUAGACAAACUUACAUUUGAUAAAGAGAUGAACGAACAAAUUGAGGCAAUCCAGUGGGCCUCCAUGAAUGCUAUGGCUUCACUGUUGUAUGGGCCUUGCUUUGAUGACAAUGCAAGGAAAAUGAGUGGCCGAGUAAUAUUGUGGAUUAAUAGUUUGUUUAUUGAGCCUGCCUCUAGGGCUCCGUUUGGUUAUUCGCCAGCAGAUCCAAGAACGCCAUCGUACUCCAAAUUUACAGGAGAUGGAGGGCGUGGAGCUACUGGACGUGAGAGGCACAGGGGUGGCCACCUUCGUGUCUCCCUUGCUAAAAUGGCCUUGAAGAAUCUCCUCCUUACAAAUUUGGACCUGUUUCCUGCUUGCAUUGAUCAGUGCUACUACUCUGAUGCUGCCAUAGCCGAUGGCUACUUCAGUGUACUUGCAGAAGUCUACAUGCGUCAAGAGAUUCCCAAAUGUGAGAUUCAGAGAUUAUUAAGUCUGAUUCUCUACAAGGUGGUGGACCCAUCUAGACAAAUUCGUGACGAUGCUCUUCAGAUGCUUGAGACGCUUUCUGUCCGUGAGUGGGCUGAGGACGGUAUUGAAGGCUCAGGGAGUUAUCGGGCUGCUGUUGUUGGAAAUCUCCCCGACUCCUACCAACAAUUCCAGUACAAACUCUCUUGCAAACUUGCUAAAGAUCACCCGGAGCUGAGUCAGCUCCUUUGUGAAGAAAUCAUGCAGAGACAGUUGGACGCAGUUGACAUAAUCGCACAGCAUCAGGUUCUGACUUGUAUGGCUCCUUGGAUUGAGAACCUCAAUUUCUGGAAACUCAAGGAUUCAGGUUGGAGCGAGAGAUUACUAAAAAGCCUUUAUUACGUAACGUGGAGACAUGGUGACCAAUUCCCUGAUGAAAUAGAGAAGCUUUGGAGCACAAUUGCUAGUAAACCUAGAAACAUCAGCCCGGUUCUGGAUUUCUUGAUCACAAAAGGGAUCGAGGAUUGUGAUUCGAAUGCAUCAGCUGAAAUUAGUGGUGCAUUCGCUACAUAUUUCUCAGUUGCUAAAAGGGUGAGUUUAUAUUUAGCUCGAAUUUGUCCGCAACGAACGAUUGAUCACCUGGUUUUUCAACUAUCUCAGCAGAUUGAGGAUAGUGUGGAACCCCUUAGGCCCACGGCAAAUAAAUCCGAUGCUAAUGGAAAUUUCGUGUUGGAAUUCUCUCAGGGGCCCGCAGUGGCCCAAAUCUCGUCGGUUUUGGACAUCCAGCCGCACAUGUCUCCUUUACUCGUCCGCGGAUCUCUUGAUGGCCCACUUAGGAACACUAGUGGGAGCUUGAGCUGGAGAACGGCAGCAGUCGGAGGCCGAAGUGCGUCGGGCCCACUGAGCCCAAUGCCACCUGAGUUGAACAUCGUUCCUGUAAGUACGGGCCGAUCAGGUCAGCUCCUUCCGGCUUUGGUAAACAUGUCGGGCCCGCUAAUGGGAGUAAGAAGCUCAACAGGGAGCUUAAGAAGUCGCCAUGUUUCUCGAGAUAGCGGAGACUACCUUAUAGACACUCCAAACUCGGGGGAAGAUGGGUUGCACCCGGCUGGUGGAGCCCUUGGAGUUAGCGCAAAAGACCUUCAAUCGGCAUUACAGGGGCAUCAACAACACUCUCUCACUCACGCCGAUAUAGCGUUGAUUCUACUCGCAGAAAUUGCUUAUGAAAAUGAUGAGGACUUCCGGCAGCACUUGCCGUUGCUUUUUCACGUAACCUUUGUUUCUAUGGACAGUUCUGAAGAUAUAGUGCUGGAGCAUUGCCAGCAUCUCCUUGUCAACCUUCUCUAUUCGCUCGCAGGCCGCCACCUGGAAUUAUACGAGGUUGAAAAUAAUGACGGAGAGAACAAGCAACAGGUGGUGAGUCUAAUCAAGUACGUCCAGUCAAAGCGAGGGAGCAUGAUGUGGGAGAAUGAGGACCCCACGGUUGUAAGACCUGAGCUCCCUAGUGCGGCACUAUUGUCCGCCCUAGUUCAGAGCAUGGUUGAUGCCAUUUUUUUCCAGGGAGACCUCCGCGAGACUUGGGGUGCAGAGGCGCUUAGGUGGGCCAUGGAGUGCACGUCGCGACACCUGGCAUGCCGGUCCCACCAGAUUUACCGCGCGCUCCGGCCCCAUGUCACCAGUGACGCUUGCGUAUCCCUCCUCCGUUGCCUCCACCGGUGUUUAGGAAAUCCGGUGCCCGCUGUUUUGGGAUUCAUCAUGGAAAUUCUGUUGACUUUGCAAGUGAUGGUGGAAAAUAUGGAGCCCGAAAAAGUAAUCCUCUACCCCCAGCUCUUCUGGGGUUGCGUAGCAAUGAUGCACACCGAUUUUGUUCAUGUUUAUUGCCAGGUACUUGAACUCUUCUCUCGCGUGAUCGACCGUUUGUCGUUUCGUGACAGAACGACAGAAAAUGUCCUCCUCUCUAGCAUGCCAAGAGAUGAGCUUGACACCGGUGUCAGUGACAGUACUGAGUUUCAGCGGUUGGAAUCGAGGAAUGUCAUUGAGCCCUUACCUUCAAAUGGAAAGGUGCCCACUUUUGAAGGAGUUCAACCACUUGUCCUUAAAGGGCUCAUGUCGACCGUUAGUCAUGGCAUGUCCAUUGAGGUUUUGUCACGGAUCACGGUUCACUCUUGUGAUUCGAUAUUCGGUGACGCGGAGACACGAUUAUUGAUGCAUAUCACAGGAUUACUUCCCUGGCUCUGCUUGCAGCUUUCUCAAGAUGCCAGUCUGGUGGGGCCCACUUCGCCACUUCAGCAGCAACACCAGAAGGCCUGCUCCGUUGCAUCCAACCUAUCGAUCUGGUGCCGCGCAAAAUCGCUGGACGAAAUGGCCGCUGUUUUCACAGCUUAUUCCCGCGGUGAAGUCAAGAGUAUAGACAACUUGCUUGCUUGUGUGUCGCCUUUGUUGUGCAAUGCGUGGUUUCCAAAGCACUCGGCUCUUGCUUUUGGGCAUUUGCUGCGACUUCUGGAGAAAGGGCCUGUUGAAUAUCAGCGUGUAAUACUUCUAAUGCUAAAGGCAUUGCUUCAGCACACUCCCAUGGAUGCAGCUCAGAGUCCCCAUAUGUAUGCAAUUGUGUCUCAGCUAGUUGAGAGCACUUUGUGUUGGGAAGCACUUAGUGUGUUGGAAGCACUUUUGCAAAGCUGCGGGUCAUUGACAGGUAGUCAUCCACACGAUCCCAGUUCGUUCGAGAAUAAUGGGCAUGUUGGGACCGAUGAGAAGCUGCUUGUACCUCAAAGCUCGUUUAAGGCUAGGAGUGGACCGUUACAGUUUGCAAUGGGACCUGCGUUUGGAGGAGGUACAAUCCCGGCUGCGCAGGGCGGUGCGAGUGAGUCAGCGAUGUCGGCCAGGGAGACAGCUUUGCAGAAUACACGACUAAUACUUGGGCGGGUCCUUGACGGCUGCGCGCUUGGGAGGAGGAGAGAUUACAGGAAACUGGUGCCUUUUGUGACCACUAUUGGAAAUCCCUAACGUAUAAUUCUCGUAUCUUUCUUUUGGUUUUUACUUAGUUUUUUUUUUUUUUUGUUGGGUGGAAAGCCUGAAGGGUUGGGGUGGUUUGAUCAUAGGUAAUAUAUUGUAGUUAAUUGUUUUAGCUUGUUGUAUAGUGGUUUAGUAUUUGGAACAGUAUGCUCCCCCAACCCACAGAUGGUCAAUAGCUUGUAGCAAUUGUACCAUUUUCUGUAAAUUAUUAAUUCCUUUGGUGUUGUAAAAGUGACUUUUGGGAUUUUUUUAACUGAUAGCAUAAUGUCAUCAAAUCCUUCCUGCUGAAA